AUGUAGAGGACUUAGAAGCGAGCCUUAAAAAUCUUUCUAAGCUUAUCUAUAUCCCCGAAGAUCAUAUUGAAGAAGCCUUAAAUCGUUCUAAAAAACAACUCUCUCAUCUUCCCCUCUCUUUAAAAUCAAACCUUUCUUGGGAAGAACUCAGCCGCUUAAAAGUUCAUACGCCUGACCUUCCAGGAGUUUCCGCAGAAGAUUCUUUCUUGAGACACUACACAGCCGGGAAUGCUGUGGCUCACCUUUUAGGAUAUGUCCGCAGGCCUUCAGAAACUGACUUAACCGAAAAUCCUGAAGAUUCCUUUUUAAAUCUACCAGGUAUUCGGCUAGGUAAAACAGGCAUCGAAAAAAAAUUAGAGAAAAUCCUCCGUGGCGUUUCCGGGGUUGAAGAAAUCGAAGUCACAGCACGCCAUAAAAAAGUGCGCACCCUCUCUCAACAUCUCUCAAAAGAAGGGCAAUCUGUCAGGCUUUCUAUUGAUCUUGAGCUGCAGAAAAAAGCACAGCAGCUUCUAGAACCUUAUAAAAGUGGUGCGGCGGUCAUCAUGGAUGUCAAAACAGGCCAAAUCCUUUCUUUUUCAUCUGAGCCAACCUUUGAUAACAAUGCUUUUGUUCAAAGACUGCCUCCUGAAAUUUGGAAAAGUUUAAGCCAAGAUCCUUUAAGCCCCCUUUUGAAUAAAGUGACCGCAGGGACCUAUGCCCCUGGAUCAACUUUUAAAAUGGUUGUCACAUUAGCUGCUUUAGAGUCAGGGCUUAUUACCAAGCAUGAUUCUGUUACGUGCUUCGGUCACGUCUUCAUCAGCAAUCAUCGCUUUCAUUGCCACAAGCGUGGAGGACAUGGUCGUAUGUCUCUUUUGUCUGCGUUAGCCAAAUCUUGCGAUAUUUACUUUUAUGACCUUGCCUUAAAAGUAGGCAUUGAACGCAUUGCAAAAAUGGCAAAAAUUUUAGGAUUAGGAGAAAUAACCGCUCUUCAAUUUCCUGGAGAAAAAUCAGGACUUAUCCCAACAAAAUCUUGGAAAAAAGAACGCUAUAAUAAACCUUGGCUUAUUGGUGAAACUGUCUUAGCCAGUAUUGGUCAAGGGUACUUGCUAACAACCCCUUUACAGCUUGCCACAAUGACAGCAAGAAUUGCUUCUGGAAAAAUGAUCUCUCCCUCCCUUCUUUUUGAUCCAUCGACAACUGAUCCUGAUCCUCUACCAAUUUCAGAAAAAAACCUUCAACUUAUACGCGAUGGCAUGAGAGACGUUGUCUGGCACCCUUUUGGGACCGCCAAAAGUGUUCGUUCUUCUGAUCUAAAAAUUGCUGGAAAAACAGGAACGGCCCAAGUCCGCCGAAUUAAAGAAAGAGAAAGGAAGCAAGGCGUUAAACGCAACCAAGAUCUCGACUGGAAAUACAGAGAUCAUGCCCUUUUUGUUGGGUUUGCCCCUGUUGAGGCACCUCGUUAUGCCACAGCUGUCGUCAUCGAACACGGUG